AAUAACUAUAUAUAAAAAUAAUAAAAAAAAAAACAAUUAGGUAAAAAACAAACUAGAAGAAUCGUUGAGCUAGCAAAGUUAUGAGAGCCAACGAAAAUGAAGAGAAUCUUUACCGGGAGCAGUUGCCCGAUGUGGGCACGCUUAUCAGAGAGAGUGGACGAAAGUUCUGUCGCCCGGCGACAAUCACCAACAAAUUUCCGAUACUAAGCUGGCUGCCGCGUUAUCGCUCCGGGUAUGUGGUGCAGGAUUUUAUAGCCGGCUUUACGGUCGGACUUACAACUAUACCGCAGGCCAUUGCGUACGGAGUUGUGGCUGGACUGGAGCCACAAUAUGGUCUCUAUUCGGCCUUUAUGGGCUGUUUUACGUACAUUGUGUUCGGCUCCUGCAAGGACGUGACCAUCGCCACAACUGCGAUCAUGGCGCUGAUGGUCAACCAAUAUGCGACAAUUAGCCCGGAUUAUGCGGUGCUUGUCUGUUUCCUGGCCGGUUCUAUCAUUCUGAUCCUGGGCCUGCUCAAUAUGGGCGUGCUGGUGCGCUUCAUAUCGAUUCCGGUCAUAACUGGCUUUACGAUGGCAGCGGCCACAACAAUUGGAAGUGCUCAGAUCAAUAAUCUCGUCGGCCUCAAGGGACCCUCGAACGAUUUGUUGCCCUCGUGGCAGCAUUUCUUUAUGAAUCUAACCUCGAUACGAAUCUGGGACGCCUUGCUGGGUGUUCUGACUUUGGUCUUUCUGCUGCUCAUGAAGCAAUUGACAAAGAUCAAAUGGGGCCACAGGCUGGUCUGGAAGUAUCUCUCGCUGUCGCGCAAUGCAUUGGCCGUCAUAUUCGGGACAUUCCUGGCAUAUAUACUUAGUAGAGAUGGCAAUCAGCCAUUCCGGGUGACGGGCAACAUAACCGCGGGCCUGCCACCCUUCCGCUUGCCACCCUUCAGCACAGUCGUCGAUGGGGAGUACGUGUCCUUUGGCGACAUGAUAAGCACUGUGGGCGCUUCCUUGGCAUCCAUUCCAAUGAUCGCCAUACUGGAGAUCGUGGCCAUAUCCAAGGCGUUCUCCAAGGGAAAAAUUGUGGAUGCCUCGCAGGAGAUGAUUGCCCUGGGCAUGUGCAAUAUAAUGGGUAGCUUUGUGCUCUCCAUGCCGGUGACUGGUUCCUUUACGCGCACGGCCGUCAACAAUGCGAGCGGGGUGAGAACGCCCCUCGGAGGAGCCGUAACUGGAGCGCUCGUGUUGAUGGCCCUGGCCUUUCUCACGCAAACCUUCUACUAUAUACCGAAAUCGACGCUGGCAGCUCUCAUAAUAGCAGCUAUGAUAUCUCUAGUCGAGCUGGAGAGAAUCUCCGAAAUGUGGAAUGCAAAGAAGCGCGAUCUCUUUCCCUUCGUGGUGACAAUUGUGACCUGCCUGUUCUGGAGCCUGGAAUACGGCAUAGUCUGUGGCAUUGUGGCCAAUCUCAUCUAUAUACUUUAUAGCAGCGCUCGACCGCAGGUUCUCAUUACGCUUGAGAAGAUUAAUGGCUAUGAAGUUGCCCUGGUCGAUGUCAAGCAGAAGCUGGACUAUGCCUCUGCGGAGUAUCUAAAGGAAAAGGUUGUGGCUUAUCUGAAUCAGCAGGACUGCAAAAUACUUUUAGUUGUGAUCAAGGGCCAGGAGAUUAAUUCCAUUGAUUAUACAGUGGCUAUGAAUAUAAUAUCGCUACAAGGCGAUAUUAAGGCAUUGAACUGUGAUCUGAUCUGUUGGAACUGGAAUAUUGGUUCCGCUGGUGUCGUGUGCCGGCUCAAGAGUGAUAUGCGUUCCAUAUUCAAAUUUGAUUACGAGCUGGAAGAGCUGGUCGCUUCCCACUUCGAUCCAUCCAACACGGCAUCGACUGUAACCAUUGACACCACACAAAGCCAAGUCAAUGCGGCCUAGAGCGUAGCUUGGCCCAACUAUUUAAGCUUACAGUAUUUUAUAUCCAUAAAUAAAAAACAGUGUACUUACAAA